AGUGACUAACAAUCUGUUCCUAACAGCUAAAGGCACAUUUCAUUCGUUCCAAUACUUUAUCCUGAUUAAUAUCGCGUGCUUGCAUGUUGUUGAAAGUGUGUCGGUUGUUUUGGCCCAUUAUCAGAUUCACUUAAAGCUUGCAGAGAUAACAGAUUUGGCUCCGAAAGUUAUGUCUUUACGAACUUUGUUACCAAAUCACAGCAACGAAAUCAUGGAAUUUUACUUACUAAUGUGCAAUACUAGACUUGAUGUUCAAGUGUUUGGAAUGUUUACAGUAACACCAUCAGCACUGCUUGGUAUAUCGGCAUGGAUUGGGUCUUAUUUGGUUAUUAUGAUACAAUUUACGCCAAAAAACGCCGAUAUAAGCACCACAAACUGGCCACAGCGGGCGUCAGCAGAAUGAACCAGUCAUAUUAUCUGUGUGUUCAAGUCAACAAAACUUGUGUCUUUUCUGAGAUUCUCCAACAAAAUGAGUGUUAUUAAGUGUGGGGUCAGGCAUGUGGAAAAACCAGUCUUAAUUUUAUUUUUGCAACUGGUCAGUUUGCGUGUUUGUUUUCACGAAGCAACAUGCAGGUCCUCACCGUCGUCUUUGCAAGCGUGCUGUUUUACACUGGGACCGAAUCAAUGUGCCGGCACUCUUAUAUGACGUUUUGUGAUAAUUUGAGCGACCUUCAGAACUACAACGUUGAAAAUUGGACGGAACUUGUGGUAGGAACAGAGUCACAUGAUGAUUCGCAACUUCAGGCAGUCGAUUCCGACUCGCUUUCAUUAGACAGGUUGGAAAAAGUGGUUACUUUCAUUAUUAUCGGGCAAAUUAGAGACAUCAAGACGUACACGUUCACCCUCGAUCCGUUUUUCAACCGCUUGAACUAUUUACAGUUGUAUGGAAAUGAUAUAAGGCGCAUAAGAUUUACGACUUUUGACACGAUGAAGUUAACAAAGUUAAGUUUAGUGAACAACAAGAUUGAGUAUAUUCAUGCGGGGGCGUUCUAUAAUUGCGAAAUCAAAACUAUAGAUUUGUCGCACAAUAAGCUGGAGACGAUUGAAACAGACGUGUUUUCGGAAGAGUUCUUCUAUAAUUCAACCAAAGAAAUAGUGAUAAGAUAUAACGAAAUCGGCGCUAUUCAGUCCGAUAGCUUCCCGAGCAGCCUGGAGAUCCUCAAUUUAGACCACAACAAUCUAAAGGUGUUAAAUGCUGAUGUUUUCGACAAUUUGGAUAACUUACAAGAACUAACACUCAGCCACAACCAAUUAUCAUCGUUAGGAUUCGUAAAAAACCUCGAAAAACUCAAACUACUUGACGUUUCGCACAACAAAAUUGUCGCUCUCACCAGUCAACACUUCAACAAUCUCACUCAACUACAAGUUUUAGACCUCAGCCACAAUCAACUAGCAUAUCCUCAAAUUUUCCAGAAGUUCAAUAUUCCGGAAAGGCACCCUCCGUUACAAAUAUCACUCGCUUUUAAUAAAUUGACGCACUUGGUAAUUGAAGAAAACAACUUUCGGCAACAUAUUGUGUUUUUGUAUGGGAAUCCCUGGAACUGCAAGUGUUGGCAAAUGAUGGAAAAGUUCAUGCUUGACAAUAAAGUGAAACGAAAUGUGUGUGAUUUGAAGUUUUUCGGUAAUGGUGACGUUCCCUAUUGUAUUGAAUUUGACAAAAGUGACUGCCGGAGCGGCGAUUUCGGCAAAGAUUCGAACAUUUCUCAACGCGAUAUUCAAAAUUUUGUCAAAGUCGUAGAAGGCAGCUUGGAUAUGAUAAGGUGUAGGUUGACACCGAGAAUAUUGUAGAUUUUCUAAGUGAUAAUUAAGUAUUACUCGGUUAUAAGUUUGUUGUAUGAUGUAUUUAAUAAAACUCAGAUCGCUUUUUUC